AUGGCGUCUGAUGCAGGUUGCCCAGAGACCAGAAGCGGGACUCUCAGUGACAAAAACAACAUCAGUGUUUUUAAAAAUCAUCUCUUCAAGGCAUGAAGUCUGCGUCGAGACUUGCGUCGGACAGGGGAGCGCAAACCAUCCGCCUUCGUUAUAAGGACCAUGAUGGGAAUCGGUAGCGCUGCUGCACAGAUAUCUAACCAACAUGAACGUCUUUACGCGUCAAAGGGGACAUGAUCGCCGCGCGCUCGUUUAUCGCCCGUUUACGAUCGAAGAAGAAGUGACCUUCUCCGAGGCGGAGGAUGUCAGCCCUGAAAAAGGUGUUACCAUGGCUACUACAGACUCACUGCUGUCUUCUCUUUGAGAAGGACUCAGACCAGAAGUUUACAUCUUGGUCCCCACCUCGAAAGGUAAAUGAAGGAAGACGUGUCGCCUCUGCCAGGAACAUGAAGGGCUUAUCAGGCAGUCGUUCCCAACAUCAUAUUCCUUUAUCUCAUGGUUUGGACUACGAUCCCCACGUUCAUGACUUCCAUGGCCACCAUGGCUCUGACUCCCGCCACCCAUCAUACCUGCUCAGUCCCACAGAGAGCUGCCCUGUGGACUUUCACCACCGGUACUCACCCAGGAGCUCCAUCCACUCCGACUGCAUGAUGAUGUCCCCUGUCAUGAUGCCCCCAACAGCUGCAUCUGACCACAUCUCCAGCAGUACCUUCCCCAGAAUGCACUACAGCUCUCAGUAUUACGACUCUGCCACACGGGAAGACUGUGCUGCCAUUACAGCCUCUGCCACCUCACCUGCUGUUGCUGCUGCAGCGGCAGCAGCUGCUGCCUCCUCCCACCAUGCCGGCACCAAAAGCAAUCGCCUUCCAGCUAAUCUGUUAGACCAGUUUGAGAAGCAGAUGCCCCUCCACCGCGAUGGGUUCCACACGCUACAGUACCAGCGCACCUCUACAACCACUGAGCAACGCAGCGAGAGUCCCGGCCGUAUCAGACACCUUGUUCAUUCUGUUCAGAAGCUCUUCACCAAGUCCCACUCCUUGGAGGGGUCAUCAAAGAUGAAUGGCACAAAGGCUGAUAUUGUUGGAGGAGGAGCAGGGUCUUAUUACCACCAUGGUCAUCACUCCACAAAACACGGGAGCAAGAGGAGCAAAAGCAAAGACCGUAAGCACCGUUCGGGAGGUUGGUGGAGCUCCGAUGACAACUUGGACAGUGACAGCACCUACCGCACACCUAGUGUGAUGUCAAGACACCAUGGGGAACAUGUCAGCCACUGCUACCCAGACUCCAUGCAUAGCCAUCACUUUGGACAAAUGUCGCUCAAGGGCUCCAAGAGUAACAAUGAUGUCAAGUGCUCAGCCUGUGAAAGCAUGGCUAUGGCACCUGAGGGCAAAUUUAUGAAGAGGAGCUCCUGGUCGACACUAACAGUCAGCCAAGCCAAGGAGGCCUACAGGAAGUCAUCACUUAAUUUAGACAAACCCAUGAUGCACACAGAACUCAAAACAUCUCGAGCAUGUCACUACCUUCAGGUGCCCCAAGACGAGUGGAGUGGAUACCCAGAUGACAAAGACGAGGAGAUUCCAUGUCGCCGUAUGCGGAGCAGUAGCUAUGUCAAAGCUAUGGGUGAGCUGGAGGAUGAAAGUGGAGACUCCGACACGAGUCCUAAGACUUCUCCACAGGCGGCCAUUCGUCCUGAUGCUCUUGUCCUUAAAUCAGCCAUGCAGAGACCGCAUUUAGACUCCCAAAGCCAGGGUUACCACUUGCAAACCAGAGAUUUGCGACCCCACCCAAGUGUCACGCUGGAUCCUGCCACCUCAUUCCAUCCUCCUCCUUUUCGCUCUCGCAACCAGAGCUACAUGCGUGCCGUCAGCACCCUCAGUCAAGCUAGCUGCGUCAGCCAGGUGAGUGAGACUGAGAUCAAUGGCCAGUUUGAGUCAGUUUGCGAGUCCGUUUUUAGUGAAGUAGAAUCCCAGGCCAUGGAGGCCUUGGACCUGCCUGGCUCGUUCCGCACUCGAAGCCACAGUUACCUCCGUGCAAUUCAGGCUGGUUAUUCCCAAGAUGACGACUGCUUGCCUUCAAUGACAUCCUCCACUGUCACUUCAACUCUCAGAUCCACAACAGGGAUUCAGUUUCGUCUCCCUACGUCAUGCAGUGUGGACCGCGCUCAACCACCUCCAGCGGUUUCAUACCCUCCCAGUUAUAAGAAGACCCCACCUCCUGUGCCCCCUCGCACCACCACCAAGCCUCUUAUUUCUGUGACAGCCCAGAGCAGCACAGAGUCCACCCAGGAUGCCUACCAGGAUGGCAGGCAUUCCCGAGGUGGUCUGUGGACCACGGAUAGCCUUGGCCGCCCCAUCUACAGCUCAACAGACAGCCUGGACAGCACCAAGGCGGUCACAAUGGCCAUGGACACAGCAGCGGGAAAGAGACAUGCGUUGGUGGGAAGUCACACCUCUGUCCAGACAUGUGACAAGGCCGUCCUUGUAUCAAAGGCUGAGGAGUAUCUCAAAACCCCACGUUCCUCUAUUGGUAUACAGGUGGAGACUGUGACAGACUCUGAGGCUGAAAGUAAGGGCCUUCCUCAGUUUCAUUCUAUCGGGAUCCAGGUGGAGGACAGGAAGCGGCAUGGAAGGUUCAAGCGUUCCAACAGUGUGACCACUGCAGUUCAAGCAGACUUGGAGCUGGAAGGCUUUCCUUCCAUGGAGGACAAAGGCCUGCAGUUCGGUGGCGCCUUCGGCCGGCACUCUGAGCCAAGCACACCAACCCAGUAUGGAGCCAUCCGAACCGUUCACACGCAGGGCCUUUUUAGUUACAGGGAGGACUAUCGGCCUUCCAGCGGGCCCCCCAGCCCACAACCUGAACCCUGGUUGGUGGAACCCAGCCUGGAGAGCACUGACUCAGGCCGAGUGUCCCCCCACCGGAGGGAUGGCGGUUGGUUCAUGCAGCUUCUUCAUAAUGAAACCAAGAGGCUGGAGGAGUGGUGCAAAGAGAUGGAAAGAGAGGCAGAGGAGCAUGACCUGUCAGAGGAGAUCCUAGGAAAAAUCCGUAGUGCAGUUGGAAGUGCCCAGCUACUAAUGUCUCAAAAGUUUCAGCAGUUUUACUGGUUAUGCCAACAGAAUCUGGACCCCAGUGCCAUGCCUCGACCCACAUCUCAGGAUCUGGCUGGAUUCUGGGACCUUUUACAGCUUACAAUUGAUGACGUCACUGCCAAGUUUGAUGAGCUGGAGCAGAUCAAGAGCAACCAGUGGCAGCUGGUUGAAAGCUCCGAGAAGAAGGAUCAAAAGUGGCCACCGCCUCUGCCAAAGAGGCCAUCGAGGGGACGUGGAGGCGUGAUGCGGGAGCGCUCCCUCGACCUCCAGGAUCGCCAGCGUCAGGAAGCCCGAAGACGCCUCAUGGCUGCCAAACGAGCAGCUUCUUUCAGACAGAACUCAGCCACGGAGAGGGCGGACAGCAUUGAGAUCUACAUCCCAGAGGCCCAAACACGGCUUUGAGGUCCACACAAUCAUUCUUAGCUCCUGCGGUCCAUCUCCAUUAGACACCAGCGUGUUGUGGCACAACAUCUGCCCCUCAUGUCCUUCAAUCAUUUUAUAUGUUGGCCUUCCCCUGGCUUUCCUGUUAGAACUACACUGGGAUUUUAACAAAAUAUUUUUUUAUCAGCAUAACUUAAACUAGUAAAGAAUGAUGAAAGGAAAGCAUACAUAAGCCACUUUUUGAACCCCCAACUGUCUGUAAUUCACUAAAGAUCCAAGACUAAACCAUUUUUUGAAUGAUUUACAAGGCAUUCUUCAUUUAAAAGUCAGCCAGAAUUAUUAGCUAAGGGGCUUGGUAAUAUUUGUACAAAUUAUACGUUUGCCAAGUGUAUCUUAAACUACAGGGAUCAGACUUUUUUAGAGCUUUUAUUUUGCUUUCUUUUUUUUUUCUUUUGGUCCUCUUAAAUUUUUCCUAUACCUAAACACAUGUUUUGCAGUCAAAGGAAUAAAGUGCAACAUUUUCCUUAUAACCAGCAGCAAUGUUUUUUGGCUAAAGAACCCCAUCUUUAUCUUAUGUUAGUCAAAAUUAUGUGA